AUGACCACACUGUCUUCUGGCGCAUAUUUCUAUAAUUGGUCUCUGUACAGAGCUAUUUUCAACGUGUGGAAGCGCUGGGGGUGGACAAACCGCCCAUGGGCAGUCGUGGUGGUUGUGCCGCAGAUCCUCGCUUGUGCCCUGUCCGAGACAACAAGACCUCCAGAACCCUGGUCGGCUCAACGGCUACCAGGGCAGGCCUGCCAGAACAUGACACGGAUUGCGGAGAAGUCGCCCCGCAUCAAGAGUGGAAGAGGCUGUGUGGGCGAAUCAGCUGGUGCGUCGACACCCACCAUUGCGAUAUGCGGUAUGAAUGACCUCUACACUAGACGGUUCCAGAAGGGCGUGGUGAACAAUACUCAAAUUCGGAUUGCGGGUCUGGGAAACGAGAACCUCAAGACUGAUUGA